CUCUCAAAAUUCCUCGAGUCGAAGAAGCCCUUGCCCUCUCCGGCGCGCCGCCGCAUCGAGAAGAAGAAGGGGGAUUGAAUCGUCUCACCAAUGGACUAGCGGGGAGCCACCUUCCCAACCCUGCCCUACCCUGGAGUCACCCACCGACCCAAGUGAUGCAGAUGCAAAUACACACCCGCGGAGGAUUUGGGUGGACUCGGAGGACUCGGAGGAGGACUCGUCGUCGUCGGAGGAGGAGGAGGUAGUGGAGGAGGAGGAGGAGGAGGAGGAAAUCGCAGUUACCCCCGAAAUGGAGGCACGCUUGUAUGCCGAGUUUCGAGCAACCGCUAGGGCGAGGCUGAUGCCAGCUGUUACACUCGCGGAAAGUUGCAAGAAAUUCGGUUACCACCCGCCAGCGCCGCCUUUCGAGAUCAUCAACCACCCAGAUCUUUUCGAGAGAGCAUGGGGAUGGGAUACCAUACUGCCGUUCAGUGUGGCACGUACUUUCUCUCGGUACAAGGAAUACCUCGUGGAUUAUUACAAUCGCAACCAAAAGAAACCCAAUGCUGCUGCUGCUGCUGAUCUCACUGGAGACGACGAUAGCCUGACAGCUCUGGCCAACAAGUGUGCCGAGAUGGAGGGCCAUCUGAUGUUUCUGUUGAAGUGCCGUGCUGGAGUGUUUACUGAAAAUGUCGAGAUCAAGAUCAGCCGGACGAGUGACAGGAUCACCAAGCGUGCGCGUGAAACGACGACGAACGCGCUGGAAUCCGAAUUUCCUGCCGCCGCUGUCGCGUUUAAGUGUAUCACCAAAGAGGCUGAGCUGAUGUGCGCAAUGCUGAUUCAUGCGGCGGAAGAUCACCCCUACUGGUUUGUAUUGUGCAACAAAGUCCGGCUGUAUGCCUUAAGAUUUAUGGCCUACAAAGAGCCUGAAUAUAUUCUUGCCGCAGCCGCCAUGAUGGGCAUCACGCGAGAAGCCAACUUGACGUGUGAGUUGGUGAAGGAAAGGCACAAGGAUAAAAAUGGACGCGAGUUCUUCAGCAUCUUUAUCCGGACUAGGACCUUGGCAUCUAUGUACUACAUACUCAAAGAAUAUUCUGCUGUGGGAAAGCCUACUAGGGACAACACUGCUGGGAAAUUGAUAAGUGAUGAAUCGGAUGUCAAGACCUGUCCUGGAAAGGAUGUAGUAGAAAAUGAUAUCCUGGAUGACUGGAUCGUGAUAAGUCCGAAAAAGGCAGAGACAAUUGGGUGACUAGGUCAAAUAAUAAAUUAAUGCCUUCAAUUA